AUGCAUCGUCGCGCAAACCACCUCCAGCCUCGAGCAGACCCAACCGCUCCCUGGGUCACCGUCGGCGACGAGGGCACGCCCGUCAAGACCGUCACGCCCAAGAUGACCACCGUCAGCGGCACGCCCACGCUGGUCGACGUCGCGCCGCACGACAUCACCGCCUCCGUCUUCACCUGGACCAGCUGGGGCGACAUCUUCACCAGCACGGGUCUGCCCCCGAAUCCCACCGCCACGUCCAAGAACCAGGACGGCGUCUUUUCGCGCUGCUACAACAAGGACGGCGAGGACGCUCCGUUUUGCACGCCUUACAAGAACAGCACGCUGACGACGGGCAACAUCUACUACAUUACCUGGGACCCUGACUAUUACAACAAGACGUCAGUCCCCAAGUCAAACUCCACCUACGAAAUCACCGUCCGCCUAGACUACCUCAACCGCACCAGCAACGAAUGGGUCAAGCUCAAGACCUUCGACGACCAGCGCGUGCCCGCCUCCUGGGGCUUCUGGCCCCUCGAGGUCAAGACCGAUAUGCUCCAGGGCGAGAAGCUCAACAACAUCACAAUCACCCUCCUCGCCGCCCCCCGCGGCACAAACGACAAGAACUCCUCAAUCGCCCUGCCCGUGGCCUUUGCGCCCCCCGGCCUGCCCCAGAACCCGGAACCCCAGGUGCCCAAGGGUAAGACCCUGUCCAUCGCCCUGCCCGUCGCCUUCGGCUGCAUCGUCUUCAUCGUCGUCGGCCUCUUCCUGUGGAACCGCAAGGCCCGCCGCAUCGAGCUCGGCAACAUCAUGAGCCGCUCUCGCCACGGUUAUAGCGGCCGCAAGACUCGCCGCAACAACAUUUUCCGCUCUCACAAGGAUGCUGGCAGCAUUCAGCUGCACAACGCCGACGACCACCUCGGUGACGAGUACCAUGAUGCGCCGCUCCCCAACCGCCGUGAUAGCGAGGCCCUGGGUAGUCUGGCUGGAACGCCCAUUCACGAGAACUUUGAGCACCAGAACACUACGGGCUCGAGGAAUGCGUUCCGGGAUGAGAUGGCUCGACAGAAUCAGGAGAGACACGGAGGAUUCUAA